AUGGAUAGGCUUAUUAGUUUGGAACCUUCAAACCUCGUUGCAGUUCGUAUUGAGUUAGGCCAGAAAUGUUUCGGCGAGCUUACUUUACGUAAUGUUAUGUUCACCAUGCCGGUGGCUUUCCGGUUGCAGCCGGUGAACAAGGGCCGGUAUACUGUCAAGCCCCAAUCGGGUAUCAUACUACCGCUUGGGACGUUAACGGUGGAGAUUGUUUAUCAUCUUCCUCCUGGUUCGUUUCUCCCGGACUCGUUCCCUUUCACCGACGAUUCUUUCCUCCUCCACAGUGUGGUGGUUCCCGGUGCGGCGAUGAAAGACUCGACGUCGAGCUACGAUGCGGUUCCCAAUGAGUGGUUCACCACGCGGAAGAAGCAAGUGUUCAUCGACAGUGGUGUGAAGAUCAUGUUUGUUGGCUCACCAGUUUUGGUUCAGCUUGUGAUGGAUGGUUCCAUGGAUGAAAUUCGUGAAGUUCUUGAGCGUAGUGACCCAUCAUGGAGGCCAGCUGACUCAGUUGAUUCCCAUGGUCAAAGCUUGCUUCAUGUCGCCAUUGCUCAAAGUAGACCAGAUAUUGUCCAAUUAUUGCUUGAAUUCGAACCUGAUAUCGAGUUUCAAAGCCGGUAUGGUUCGACCCCACUUGAAGCUGCUUCGGGGUGCGGUGAAGAGCUGAUCGUCGAGCUUCUUUUGGCUCAUAAGGCUAUCCCAGAUCGAUCCGAGUCCUCGAGUCGGGGUCCGAUUCAUUUAGCCACCAUCGGUGGCUAUUUUGAGGUACUCAGGCUUCUUUUGCUUAAAGGGGCUAACGUUGAUGCACUCACAAAAGAUGGCAACACUGCCUUACACCUUGCUGUUGAGAAUAGAAGAAGAGAUUGCACGCGUUUGUUAUUAGCUAACGGUGCCGACCCCAGUGUUCGGAACACCCGGGACGGUGAUACAGCGUUGCACGUCGCGGCCGGAUUGGGCGACGAGCAGAUGGUGAAGUUGUUACUUCAAAAGGGAGUGAACAAAGAUAUUCGGAACAAGACAGGGAAAACUGCGUACGAUGUUGCUGCGGAACAUGGUCAUAUGAGACUGUUUGAUGCACUUAAGCUUGGUGACAACUUGUGUUUAGCUGCUAGAAAAGGUGAAGUGAGGGCCAUCCAGAGGCUAAUCGAAAACGGGGCAGCGAUCAACGGGAGAGAUCAACAUGGAUGGACCGCAUUACAUCGAGCAUCGUUUAAAGGACGAACGGAUGCCGUUAAGAUACUGAUCGAUAAAGGAAUCGAUAUCGAUUCAAGAGACGAAGACGGAUACACGGCUUUGCAUUGUGCUGUGGAAUCAGGCCAUGCUGAAGUAGUUGAAUUGUUGGUAAAAAAAGGCGCAGAUGUGGAAUCAAGGGCUAACAAAGGUGUUAAACCCUUGCAAAUUGCGGAUUCAUUACAUUAUGUAGGCAUCAGCAGGAUAUUGAUCCAUGGCGGUGCAACGACAACCGGUGGCAUGCCACGAGUCAGCGCUAUGCCGGAUUCAGUUCCGUUCGGAAACGGUAAAAUCGGGAAAGAGAUCGAGACUAAGAAAGCACCAAUGAAACGGAGACCGACAAAGGCAAGAGCUGUCCGCGGUAGCUUCGAUAGAUCGCUGCCAUUGGCAGUCAUAUAGGUGGCUUGGUGAUCAUAUAUCUUAGAGAGCUUUAAAUUGAUUCUUUUUGGCGAAGAAUUAAAUUUUAGAACUGAUUAUGAAUCAGAAAGGUUCAUUCCAUGACCUGAA